AUGUCAACAUUGGCUAAACCGUCAAUAAAAUAUCAACCUCCUGACUGGUUCACAAACUCUUUCGCAUUAAGUGCUAAUUCUCAACGUCAAAGAGAGGCAUCAGAGCAAAUCAGACAAGAAACACGUUCUUUACGCCUAGCAGCUGCUCUUAAGACUAAAUGGGAUGAAUUUAACAACACUACAAGACUUGCAGACAGAAUCGAUGCCAUAAAAGACUUGAGAGAUGUUUUGGAACUGGCUCACUCACAAUUGGAUGCGGAAAUAUCGAUGGUCAACCUAGGUAAAGAGGCAGUUGAGGAACAAAUGAGAAAUAUAAUAACACCCAAAGAAUGCGUUACAGAGUGUCUUACACUUAGGGACAGGCGCAAAAAGAUAGACAACGUUGAGGACGCACCGGAGAUUCAGUUGAAGAAAGAAAAAGAGGUGAUUGAUAAAUCCAAUAAAAGACUUCAGCAAAAAGUGGAUGAGGCAUUUGAACAAAUAGUUAUUCUAAAAGAGGCUAGGCAACAAAUACUACUUGACCUACAGGAUAAGCAUGCUGCUAUGGACAUUGACAUCCAACAGUACAAACUGACACAUACCUGUCCGGGAGUUUCUUUCAAGCUCAAUUCAACACGAAUUCCAAAAGGGACAACUACCCCACAACAAUGGGAAGAAUUCACAAGGUACAACUGGCGGAGAGCUCAGGCGGAAAUUCGCUCAGGACAAAGAUUACGUGGAGCGAUCUAUCUAACACUAUGCCAAGUUUCGAAUGACUUAGAGGCUCAAGCUCAAGCAACAGAAUUUGCAUUGAGACAAAGAAAACAUGAUUUUGAACAAGCGCUCGACGAAUUAAAAUGGCAAAAGAAACAGAUUGAAGAAGAAAUGGCUGAAAUGGAAAACGAUUUAGAUCAACUUGAGAAAGCUAUUCAAGGCCUAAUACCAAUGGGAAAACUUGCACAAACAAGACUUGAAAGACGAACAUAUCGUCCAGGUGUUGAAUUAUGUCGUGAUUCUGUUCAAUAUGGUUUAACUGAUGAAGUGAGACAAAUUGAAUUGACAAAUGAAGCCUUAUUAGAGAAACAACGUCAAGCAAGACAUGCGCUAAAUGCUUUACAUAAACAAUUAAAUCGUAUUAAUGAUGAUAUUACAUUAAAGAAGAAAGUCUUCAAAUAG